UCAGAUCUACGCUUCUCCUCCCAUCAAAAUUUUUUGCAGGUUUUUGUUUCGGUUGUUGGUAUUAUUUCUUGGGAUUCGAAAUGGAUUUCAUGAAGGUAUUCGAUCAAACGGUUCGCGAAAUAAAGAGGGAGGUGAAUCUGAAGGUUUUGAAGGUCCCCGAGAUCGAGCAGAAGGUAUUGGAUGCUACAGAUAAUGAACCUUGGGGUCCUCAUGGGACAGCAUUGGCAGAGAUAGCUCAGGCCACAAAGAAAUUUACGGAGUGCCAGAUGGUUAUGAAUGUUCUAUGGACUAGGUUGGGUGAAACAGGAAAAGAUUGGCGUUAUGUCUACAAGGCACUGGCUGUUAUAGAGUAUCUGAUUUCACACGGAUCAGAACGUGCAGUUGACGAGAUUAUUGAACAUACUUACCAAAUAUCUUCACUCACAAGCUUCGAGUACGUGGAACCAAAUGGAAAAGAUGUGGGAAUCAAUGUGAGGAAGAAGGCGGAAAACAUAGUGGCACUGUUGAACAAUAAGGAAAAAAUCCAGGAAACCAGAGAGAAAGCAGCAUCAAAUCGUGACAAGUAUGUCGGCCUUUCAUCGUCGGGAAUAUCAUAUAAGUCUGGUUCAGCUUCAUAUGGUGGUAGUUACCAGAGUGGUUCAAGAAACUUUGAUAGCUACAAGGAUAGAGAUAAUAGGGAAGAAGAGAAGAAUGACUUUGAUUCUUUCAGAAAGUCAAGACAGGGUGUUAAAAGUGAUGAACAAAGUUACAAUUCGAAGAAGAGUGCCCCGCUCUAUGGCAGCAUGGAUCAAGAUAAUUUAUCCGGUGGAACGAUACUACCUUCAAAGCAACAGGAAUCUGGAAAGUACAGUGGAUCUCCUUCGAACAAUGAUGAUGAUUUUGAUGAUUUCGAUCCUCGUGGAACUUCUACCAAUAAGCCAACAACAAACAGUGCCAGCCAGGUGGACCUUUUUGGAGCAAAUCUGAUUGGUGACCUAUUGGAUGCACCUAUACCUGGUCAAACCGAGACAUCUUCAAUUAGCAACGAUGAGAGAUCUCAAGAGGUUGAUUUAUUUUCUGAUGCAACUUUUGUAUCAGCAUUUUCGUCUCCUCAGGAGACUCGAUCUGGAUCACCCGUACAGAAAGAAGAUGAUCUUUUCGCUGCAUCUGAACCAUCUGUCAAAGUUUCUUCAGCUCCUCCAACGAUCGAUCUUUUUGCAUCUCCCGAGCCAUUUGCACAACCAGAAGCCAAAAUUCUUAAACCUGAACCAGCAAUCACCCCUGGCAUUGUUGACCCAUUUGCAGCGGUUCCUCUUAACAGCUUUGAUGGAUCUGAUCCUUUUGGUGCAUUCACUUCUCCUUUAGCUGCAGCCUCUACAGAUACACAGAAGUCCACUGGCCCACCGUCUUUGGCAGACUCAAAGCAACAAAAUCCCCAAAAGAAGGAUGGUUUCCAGGUGAAAUCAGGAAUUUGGGCAGACUCUCUGAGCCGGGGUCUGAUCGACCUUAACAUAACCGCCCCCAAGAAAGUGUCACUAGCGGACGUGGGGGUGGUGGGUGAUCUGAGCAAUGUGUCGGGUGAACAGCAGAAGGCAGCUGCGGCCGCAUACUACACCACGGGUUGGUCGAUGGGUGCGGGCUCAGGCCUCGGUAGACCGGGAUCAUACGCACCUCCGCAACAAGCCCCCGAUAUCUCGGAUGAUUUCUUCUCUAGUCUCAGUAGCCAACAAUAUCAAUACGGAGGCUUUAAGCAGUGAAAUUUUCAGACCGUUCAAGUUAUGUCUUGGGAUUCCGCAUAUUCAGAUCCUGGUUUCGGAUGAGAAAGAUUCCAGGUUCGAUUUCUAAAUCUUCCUUAAUCGGAUUUUUUUUUUUUUGGUGCGUUUCAUCAUCCAUGAGUCAAUCUUGUGG